GUUGGGCCCCGUUGAGCACCCCAUUUGGCACCUUCCUCUUUUCACCUAACACACACACCAUCAUCCACCUGGAAACGACGAGUGGAAUAUUGAAGAAAAACAAUUUCACGUGGACAUUCAAUUUAAAUUGUGUGGCUCAUUUGGUAUGAAACGAGGCGACAGCGCGUUUAGUGCAUAGCGAAUCAGUUUUGUGGAAUUCCAGUGAACUUUCUCAGAGUGACAAAGCAUCUAAUUUUCAGGGGGAGGUGUUCAAUUGUGCAAGAAAGUGAUCUUCAAUGAGUGAGAGUGCACCCAUUCGGUGCAAGUGUGAAUAACUCUUUUGACUUCACGCCCAAUUGAGCACCAUUUCUCCAGCUACCAACGGACUCUUUUUUUAUUUUUAUUUUCUGCUGCUGCAAAGCUGGACGAAAAUGCACUUUUCCUUAUCGCUAUUGGCUGCCAUUUGGCUCUUUUCACCCAACGUUACUGCAUCGGGCUUCGGGAGAUGCCCGAAAUAUCCAUCAAUGCCAAAAUACAACAUGACUAAGUUCACGGGGAAAUGGUAUGAGGUGGAGAGAUCAUUCUACUUGCCGGAAAUAGCAGCUGGAUGUACAACCCUCUCAUUUCAGCCUGUAGAUACAUCGGAGGACUUUGAGGCAUCCUACGGAAAGCUCGAAGUUGCCAUUAAGACUGUGAACCAAUGGACGGGAAAUCCAUCCGUGUCUCUUGGAUUUGCACUGCCUGAGUCGGAGAAUUCAUCCAUAAUGCACUUUCAGCUCUCAUCGAGGCUUCCGGCACCUCUGGCUAGACUACUACCCGGCACGGGGAAAUAUCAAAUUCUGUACACGGACUACGAUAAUUUCGCCAUACUCUGGUCCUGCUUUAAUUUUGGAUUUGCCCACACCGAUCAAAUCUGGCUGUUGGGACGUGAGAGAGAUUUCGUCUUUGAGAUCCGUAAAAAAAUCUACGAUGCCCUUACGCAGCUAGGUCUUGAUUCGGAUCGUUUAGUGAUAUCUAAGAAUAAAAAUUGCCCUACUACCCUUUGACUCCACGACAACCCCUCAGAGUAACAUUUGAUAUUUUUUCCUUUUGUGAAAAAAAAAACAUAUUUUGUACUUAAUUACUUAAUUCUGUGAUAAGAAACCUAAUUGUUUUCUGUAGAGAGAGAGAAAGUCGUAAAUUGGGGAUGUAAAUGAGAAGUUUAGGAGAGAGAGUGGGUGAAGUUUUGAAUAAAAGUUUGUAUAAAGGCAAAA